AUGGCUGUUUGCAUUGCAGUUAUAUCGAAUUCCAAUAGGCCUUUGUAUCUUAAGACAUCACCAUGUGCUGACCCAUUAUUUUAUCAUUUUAAAGUUCACGCAGCACUUGAUGUCAUUGAAGAAAAGAUGGGCAAAUUCGGCAGUAUUUCAAGAGGCUCUCACAAUCGAGAAAAUGCAGAACAAUAUCUUGGUCUUCUUUACCCAACUGAGGAUCAUAGGCUGUAUGGAUACGUCACAAAUACCAGAACAAAAUUUGUUAUUGUUCAGGAAGUUCGUGCCCCAGUGACGAAUCCUCCAUCUGUCUCUGCAUCACCACGCUCUGCUUCCCCUAUUCCAAUCGCUUCUUCGAAUUCUAUGAAUUCAUCUCUCCAAAGCACAGGUGCAACGGGUUUCACUUCAGCUGGCGUAACCGGGAUUUUCACCGUUCAUAGGGAUAAUGAAGUUAGAACAAUGUUCCAGAAAUUGCACACUGCCUAUGUUGAAUUAGUAUCAUCUCCUUUUUACACACCAGGAAGUCAGAUCCUACCGGAAUCUGGCCUGGCUGCUGCCAAGCGUUUCGAAAUACUAGUUGACUCUUUACUCACAGAGGUUGCCCAGCCUACUCCAUACGGAUCUUCCUCAUUAAGCAUGCUUUCUCCUAUAAUUGGAGAGGCGGAUUCCAAUCAACAGCUUGUGGUAUGA